AUAUGAAACAGGUACCCCGAUACAUGAGAUCAUGCACGCCGUCGGCUUUGAGCACGAACAAACGAGAGACGAACGAGAUGAUUACGUGAAUAUCAUUUGGAAUAAUAUUCCGAAAGAUUACCAGUAUGCUUUCGCGAAAGAACCAUUUGGGACGACCGCCGCUUAUGGUGAGCCUUACGAUUAUUACAGCGUGAUGCAUUAUACAUUGUAUGCGUUUGCUAUAGAUACCACCAAAAAAACCAUUGUCCCAAAGAAACAAGUAGAUGAAAAUAGAAUCGGCAACAGAGAAAAUCUGAGCGACUCAGACAUUAAAAAGAUCCAGAGAAUGUACAAAUGCUGAUGUAUGAGUAUAAUUGGCAUUUAUCAAAGGUCCGUACUGAUAAAAAAAAAUGACUUUGAUAAUGGCUUUCUGUAUUCAAAAAAUUCUAAAUUAAAAAUAUUUAAUAAAAAUUUAUGUGUUACAAAGAAAUGAAGAGUAUAUAUUUAACUUUGUCUAUAAAAUACAUGACUAAUUGUAAAUCUUCUUUUCUACGUUAUUGGCGAAUAUAAUUAUUAUUAUCAAUAAAUAUUAAUCUUAAUUAUAUAUUAUAAUAUUAUAAAUGUAUUUGUGCCUCUUGUGUACAGAUGUACAUAUAGUAUUAAACAUUUAAUAAUGCUGCAUA